AUGCAGCUGUUGCGGGCCUGCGAAUAUUUAAGUCCUCGUGUUCCUGUGCGUCUGGGAGGGGAGCUUCUCGGCAAGCUUAUUAUAUACGGUUUGGACGAUCUACAGCACGGCAAUGGGGCCGACGAGGGAUCGAAUUACGGUUUACGAGCAGCGCGAUUCACGUCCUCCACGCCGUUGGAGGGCCACAUCCCGAUCGCAUUCCCAGAAGGCUUCAGCUCUAUCAUCAACGAGGACCUCAACGGGUCUUUCUUCUGCGACUACAUCUCGUCCGAGGACGACGACGAUAACAUCGUCCGCCACGUAUCAUGGACCUGCUUCAAGGUCAAAAUGGUCCUCAAACCCAACGUCUACGAGUGGAUCCAGACCGCCCUCCUCAUCGACUGGACGGCCUCCACCGACAGCCAAAUCGUCCUCGUGCUCAACCUUCCCGAGAAACAACAGCUGCAAAUACAACGUAAACUGUCGCAGAUCAAGGCCCGCGUGAACCCUUUCCAAUGGCACAUGGAGUUCACGAGCACGCUGAUUACGCUGUACGACGAGUCGAUUUGGUUAUUAAGAGAUUUGGUUAGGGUGUUUGAAAAGUCAAGUAACAAACCCAACCUCUUACCCCCCAACUUUCCACACCCGCACGAUAUCGGCCGCCAUAUCUUUCACUCGACCGAGACGCUGGAGAUUGCCGGAAACACCGUGGCCAAUAUUAUCGCCGAGCAGGCCCGCUGGCGCGACAAGUCCCCGAAGUCCAGACAAAAGGGACGCGACGCCUGA